CCAAAGUAUUCACAUUCCAGGUAGAAGCUAAUAAAAAUAAAUCUCCUCCCAAAGUACUUACAUUCCAGGUAGAAGCUAAUCCAUAGUAGCAGUCUCUGCCCAUUUUAUAACCAAUGAAGUGUAGAUAGGAGAAAAAAAUAAAGUACCAUAACUUUAUAAAGGCUAGUAAUGCAAUCAGGUGGUACCAAUUUCAAAAUAAAAUAUAUUUUUCAAAAAACAAAAGAUGACAACCACCUCAUCAUUUUUAGAGCAUCCUUUCUAUGUAAUGAGUAUACAUCAUCUUCUUCCCAUAACUCAGGUUCAAUUGGUACAAAUCUAAAAACACCAAUUGGUGCAUUGACCAAAUCUGUGCUACUGGCAUUCAGAUGCUUAUUCAUAUUGUUGUUGAAAUCUUCCACAUUCAUGUCCUCUACAAAUGAAACAUCUUAUUUGGCAUGUUCACCUUUUGUGUUUCCCUUUGCUAGUCUCAGGUUUCUCAGAUUCGGAAUCCUCAUGCAACACAAGUGUCUGAUCCAGAGAAACCAUUGCUCCCAAUAACAUUAUAGCCUGAUCAAAUUCAUAAUCUACCCCAGCCAUAACAUCUUUGGUCAGGCCUUCAUCUGCCCACAAGUAAAGCUUCUUUAGUUUUUGGAAAAAG